AUGGCCGUCCCGGAAGAAAAGAUCGAUAUCAAGCACAUUGAUGAGGCCCCAAGCGAGACAUCGAUAUCAAUUGGUCUGAAACGCCGCGUUGCACGCAAAAUAGAUUAUCAUGUUUUGCCAUGGCUUUUUGGAUUGUGGUUCUUCUGCUUUUUGGAUCGCACCAGUAUUGGCAACGCCAAAAUCGAUGGGUUAUUGACUGACCUAUCUCUGACGGGUAAUCAGUUCAAUAUUGCCUUGACAGUCUUCUUUGUUUCUUAUAUCCUGGUUGAUAUCCCAUCCAACUGGCUUUUGAUCAUUCUAAAACCAGGUCAUUAUCUACCUGGACUGGCAGUCGGAUGGGGCUUGAUGACAAUAUGCUUCGGCUUCGUCAGAUCCUUCGCCUCGCUCGUUGUCCUGCGAUUGUUGCUUGGGGUUUUCGAGGGUGGUAUAACAGGAGGAAUCGUGCUUUACCUGUCAAUGUUCUAUCCCCGCCAUCAAAUUGUGUUUAGGAUUGCGCUUUUCUAUUCAGCGUCUCCAUUGAGUGGCGCCUUCGGUGGCCUCCUUGCUGGUGCUUUGACGAGGAUUGAAGUCGGAAACUACCGUGCGUGGCCGUGGAUCUACUUCGUUGAAGGCGCAGCGACACUAUUAUUCCGCCUACUAACCUGGAUUUGGCUGCCUCAUUCACCGCAAACAUCUCCCUUCUUUAACGAAGAGGAGCGAAAGGUAGCCCAGGAUAGACUCGUUCAAGCUUCGGGAGGACCAGAAUCUGAGCCAGCCGAAUCUGAGACCGGGUUCCACUGGCACUGGGUGAAAAUUGGUAUACUUGAAGGAAACACAAUCUUGGCCUCAUUGGCAUGGCUUGCGAUCAUCGUUCCCCUAUAUAGCUACGCAUUCUUCCUACCUACGAUCAUCAACGCUUUGGGAUACUCCACGCUGGUGUCUCAGCUUCUCAGUGUCCCGCCGAAUUUCGCCGGUUUCUUGAUGGUAUUGGCAUUCGCAGCCUUGUCCGACCGUAUAAAGAUUAAAGGACCUCUGAUUAUCGGCUGUUGCUUGCUAUCGUUGAUAGGAUACAUAAUCCUAAUAGUUUGCGACAAGGCCCAAGUGAAAUAUGGUGGAACAUUCUUUAUCGCGGCUGGGGUCUAUCCCUGCACUCCGUUGUUUUUAGGGUGGACUACAAGUCAGAUAAAACCACUGCAGGCAAGGGCAAUUGCAGGAGGCUUUCAGGUCUCGGUGGGAAACAUGGCAGCAUUUAUUGCGACAUUUUCCUACCUGCCCAAGGAUGCGUAA